AUGAAUGCUGACAUCUCGAACCCUAAGGUCAACUUCACCUGGCAAAUGGACGUUUUCAAACAAUACGCGGCUGUUCUUGAUUCGAUGGCCGGGUACAGCAAUCUCCUGGGCCUUCUUAUUGGAAGUGAAAUUGUCGCCGGUCCAGAUAUGGAGGAUCAAGGCUCUACGGUUCACCUAGCCCCAUAUCUGAAGGCUGCGGCUCGAGAUAUGAAAGCGUAUACUGCCGCUAUGCAGCAUCGUUCUAUACCGAUUGGGUACGCCACAAGUGCGGAGUAUACCUACAUGCAAGACUUGGGAGAAUAUCUUGUUUGUGGAGUGGCGUGGCAAGUCGUCCAUGGGGGAUCUCGUUACGACGAUUUGACUUCCAAGCUAGAAAGCCUAGCGGUUCCCAUAUUCCUGUCUGAAGAUGGUUGCAACAUCCCUGUCCCGCAGCUGCUUCGGGACCAGUCCGCGACUUUUGAGCCUAAUAUGCCAAGUAUAUGGAGUGGUGCAAUCGUCUACGAGUGGAGGGAAGAAGGGAGUAACGAUGGGCUGGUUUCAUACACCACUUCUGGCGUUAGUACGCCAACAACGUUGGCCGGCUACGAUGCUCUGAAAAGCAAGUGGUCUGCUGUGCCUGCAAAUACCCAACCCCCAUCUACAUUUUCUUCUCUUUCCUGUCCCACGUCGAUAAACCCACACUGGUCUAUCAACCCCAGCGCGGCAUUGCCAACGAUUGCAGGUCUUGACUUUGCGACCAUCACACCAGUGGGUGUCAUCGGUACUGCCCAUGGCACCAGGACGCUUACUAGUCGAAGCACUCCCAGCAGUAACCCCAAAAGCAAGCAUGACGUUGGUGUUAUGGCCGGAAUUGGUGUCGGUGUUGGGCUCGGCGUGGUGCUCAUUUUUGCUGCUGUAAUAACCUUUUUUGUACGGCGUCAUCGAAAAAAGCGAGCCAUAAAUACAGGCUCGUCGGUGACAGAGACCUCGGACACACUCGGUGCAGGAAUCCCUGAUCCCAGUGCUCCCCUGACUGAAAUGUCUCACACUGCUCCGUCGGGUGACCUAGUCUAUGCUGGUUCACCCAGUGGACUGCCAGGUUCGGAUCUCAGGUCCCAAGAGCUUAACUCUGUUGUGGCUCACAAGGUUCACAAGGAGGAGGUGUAA